AUGACAGCUCUUGCCGGUCUCAGCGCUCUCCAUUUCCCCACGCCCUCGGCCCACGCCGCUGCCUUAAGCGCUGAUCAGCAGGCGGCACGACCUGCCGGAGGCACCGGGGAGCGCUCAGGUGCACUGGCCAGUCGGUGGUGGGAGCUGGUGCUUCUGGCCAAUGAGGAGGCGGGGGCGGGGACCGCGGCCGGGGGUGUUAACGCGCGUCCCUCCCCCGCAGUUGACGUCCUGCUGAAAGCCGUGGGCGACACGCCCAUCAUGAAGACCAAGAAGUGGGCAGUGGAGCGGACCCGGACCAUCCAGGGCCUCGUUGACUUCAUCAAGAAGUUCCUCAAGCUGAUGGCCUCCGAGCAGCUGUUCAUAUACGUAAACCAGUCUUUUGCUCCAUCUCCAGACCAAGAAGUUGGGACCCUCUAUGAGUGUUUUGGAAGUGAUGGCAAGCUUGUGCUACAUUAUUGCAAAACUCAGGCAUGGGGAUGAAUGACAAGCAUUACAGUUGUUUAGGUGUUGUCUUCAAAAAUGGCAAAGGGACUGACUUUAUUAAACUCAACCUGUAAACACACAGAAAGAAGGAUUUUUGCAUUUCUGCUCAUGGCUGUACAUUUAUAAAAAUGAUGCAGAUAAAUAGCAUAAAAUAAGAGCUACCUAGGAUAUCCGAUCAUGUAGCAUUUUUCUGAUGUACAUCUGAGGUAAGAAACAAAUCUGCAUCUGCCAUCUAAGAGUAGAGCAAGUUGUCUUGCUGUCGAGUUCGCAGUUGCUGUAUCUAGAGGGAAACUGUCAUACUUGUCUGGAGGACUGACUGGACAGUUCUGUUGCCCUGUAUGUUGUACUGAAGAUAAAAGUUCCCGUUUACUCAUCUUGAAUAUGCAUUACGUCAUUUCAAGAACGUAUUUUGAUGUUUUUUCUCAUAAUUAAUAUGUAGGUAUUGGUAUAUAAUCUAAUUAGUUCACCCUGUGCCUUCUUUGUGUUGGAAGUAUCUCAUGUAUAUGUCACAACAUAAUGAUAGGCCUCAGAAAUACUUUCCUCACCCAGAUUGUGUAGCAAUUUGUUGAAGGCUGAACACUUCAGCAGGCACCAGGGUGUUUCUUCUGACACAGUUUAAUGACUAACUUCAUUGUUUGAAUGAUGCAGCUUGCUGUGGCAGCUUCAGUUCAUGAAGAAAUAGAUAUGAGAUGCUAAAAACCUGUUCUGUACAUUCUACUUUUGGCUGCUGUUUUCCUGUUUUACCAGCUGCAUGUUCCAUCUACAAAACAGAAUACACUUUACAUUCUUUUGCUAAGUCAUAACAUAAGGAGGAAUUUUUUUUCACCCUGGAGAGGAUUGUUUUUCACCCUUGGCACCUUGAUCACAGUACGGAACUUUUGUGUAUUGGAGGGUUUUAGUGUGUGGGGUGUUUUCUGUCAGUUUAUUUUAAGUGUCUCUUGUACAAUCUUUUAUGUUUGUUUAAGCUGAACUAAUGUUAGCUGUUUGCUUGC